GCCAUGAGUUUCGAUAAAUGAUAUCGCCAAUUAAUUGGUUCCGAAUCUGAUCUAGUUCGUUAAACUUGACGGUCAUUUCGCUUAAAUAAAUCUCGAUUGAAGUAAAGUUGGACAUUAUUAAAGCACAUUAUUAAUAGAACUAAUCCUAAUAUAGUGAUUAUUCGAUACUAAGAACCAAUAUAAAGCGGAUUCACACAUUUGAUCUUGACAAACCUAAACCCUGAAGAAUUGGAUAAUUACAAGGAACUGAACACGUGCCAUUGCAAGCAUUUUUUUUUUUUUUUUGAGCUUAUUGGAUUAAAACCAAAGGCAAGUUAUUAACUCCUAUCGUUGGUACUACUGGUUUUAAAUUAAACAGUCUAGUUUGGGCUUCAAAGUAAACAGUUCAAUACAAGUUUAGCUACCUUUUUAGACAUUGCUUAGGCAAAACGCUGAUCUAAUAAAGUUCGAGAACAGAACCACUGAAUGGCCGAUAAUCUUAGUGCGCUCGGAAUUGGCCAGCAUAAUGAUUCCGGGUUUAUACGGAGGUGCCGCUUGCUCCAUUUAAAGCCAACGGCGCUCAUCAGUCAGCUGCUGCCCAACUUCCAAGUUUUGCGAAUAGUGCGCUGCCUCUCCGUGGGGAGCAUGUCGCAAGCGGCUCUGGAGGAGGUCUUCACGAACUGCAGGCAGCUGGAGAGCCUACUUCUGUGCGACACGGUGGGUACCGGCACCGUUUACGACAUUCGGAGCAUUUGGCACUGCCAGAUGUUGAAGGUGCUGCUGAUUCCCCUGAACGUGAGAACGCCACUGGCCGUCUGCUUACUGGAGAACCUCUCGCAUCUCACGCUUCAGCGCUACAAAUUCAGUCAAGGAAUGGAGUGGAUGCCCACCGUUCUGACCAUCAUCCGUUACAAGCGGUUCAAUCUCCAUGAAUUCUCCUUUGAUGGAUCCGGGCUGGCCGCUCCCAUGAAUCUUUCCCAGCUUCAGCUGGCCCAAUGCACAGCCCUCACCGAACUGAGAUUGAGCAACUGCCUGCUGGCUGAAACGGAAAGCCCGCCAUUGCCCUUCUCCUGCCAACGGCUCAGCUUCCGGCGAUGCAAAAUAGGCAAAACGUGUGGUUACAUGCAUCCGCUUCUGAAGAAACUGGAUCUGUUUAACUGUCAGAUGUUGUUUGAUACUCCCAUGCUACGCCGCCUCCUGAACUUGAAAAGGCACCAGCCCAUCGAAGGACCACUCCUGCUCACCUUUAGCCAGUCCCCCAGACUGCGAUCUGAGCUCUCGAACUGGUCCCAGGAGGAAGUUAGUGCCAACAGCCAGUGGCUGCAAGUGAAGGAAGUGGGUCCGCACCAGGCAUUUACAUGGCAACAGCCAUACGGUACGCUUUCCAUGACGUUUGGCCUCUCCGUAAGAUAUAUGCCCGAUCUCAAUCUCCCGGAGGAGAGUAUCCCGAGUGCCGCUGAUGUACUCAGUUCCCUGGAUUCUUCAUAAGGAGUUAGAUCCGCCUAGUAAAAGCACAGGCCUUAGCUAUUCGGUCAUCACUUGAUGUACAAUAUACAGUUCAUUAGUCAACUUUUGACAAAUCACCGCCUAAAGUGGGUUUAUGUGAUCUUUCUCUAAUAAAAUCCGAAUAUCAAUAAAAUGUGGGACUGUUUGUCAUUAUUUUUCAACUAUCAAGUUACGUAUAUUCAA